AUGGAAAGCCAUGGCGAGGUGGAUCUAAGAGGAUUCAUGGAUGAAGAAAGGAAGAAAAUCAACUUACCGAGGAGACUUUCUUUUGGUGCUCAUCACAAUUCAUCUGAACCUAACAUAUACAAUAUUGCUUCUCCAAGACUAUCUUCUACUUCAGCAACAUCGAUCCCACUUUGGCCAUUAAGCCCCGAGACGCCAUGGACACUCUCCCCCGUGCGCACAUCUCCCUCUCAACCUCUUCUUUACCAUUGCAUAGCCUCGCUCCACCGCCAUGACGGUAACAUUUUCUCUAUCACACUCACGAAAGAUUUUAUAUUCACCGGCUCUGAGAGUAAACGAAUCCACGUCUGGAAGCAACCUGACUGCACUGAAAUAGGUUACAUAAGGGCUAAUUCUGGUCAAGUUCGUGCCCUCUUGGCCUAUGGAAGAAUGCUAUUCACCACACAUGGUGACUGCAAGAUUCGCGUAUGGAAUGUGUCCAUCACGGAGAAUUCUCGACCAAAGAAGAUCGCAACCUUGCCUCAAAGAAGUCCAUUCUCCUUAAUGUUUCCGAGGAAGAGCAGCCACCAACACAGAAACAUAAUUUCUUGCCUGGCAUACAACCACGAAGAAAGGCUUUUAUACACAGGUUCCUGGGACAAAACGGUGAAGGCCUGGAAUGUCUCUGAAAAGCAUUGUGUGGAUUCCUUCGUGGCUCAUGAAGGUCAUGUCAAUGCAAUUGUUGUCAAUGAACAUGAUGGGUGUGUUUUCACUUGCUCCUCUGAUGGCUCAGUGAAAAUAUGGAGAAGAGUGUCUGGAGAAAACUCUCAUAUCCUCACCAUGACACUCAAAUUUCAACUUUCACCGGUCAAUGCCUUGGCGCUGAGCUUGUCGCCAAGCACAUGCUUGCUCUACUCUGGCUCCUCAGAUGGGCUUAUAAAUUUCUGGGAGAAGGAAAAGAUGUCUGGGAGAUAUAACCAUGGAGGGUUUCUGCAAGGCCAUCAUUUUUCUGUCCUUUGCUUAGUAGCCAUAGGAGACAUAGUCUUUAGUGGUUCAGAGGAUUCAACCAUCAGGGUAUGGAGGAGAGAGGAAGGAAAUUGCUUGCAUUCAUGUCUUUCAGUAAUCGAAGGACAUCACGGGCCAGUGAAAUGCUUAGCUGCUUCUUUAGAGUUAGAUAAUUUGGUCAAGUGUAUGCUGAUUUAUAGUGCAAGUUUGGAUCAAACUUUUAAGGUAUGGCGGGUCAAGAUUUAUCCCAUCGAGAAGCCAAACUCAGAGGAGCUAGUUAAAGACCAGCAAAGAGAAGUUGUGGAGUUUGAGACAAGUCCGGUACUUUCACCAUCAUGGGUUGAGAAGAAGCUUCAAAGAGAUCAUUUCCAGUAG